ACCGCAAGCUCCAACUCACGAAUAACCAUUCCUGUAUAUUUAUACAUUUUUACAAGAAUUUUUACAAAUUUCACAAACCGAUUGAAAUAUGAAAGAAACAUUUCACAGUUGAUUACCAAAGGACAAACAACCGUUUACUGAGGCAUUUAUUCAAGAUAAUUCCAGGAUAGGAAUGGCGUCUGGCAGACACACGUUAGUUGAACAUAAAUCAAUAUAAGAAAUGGAUGUUACAGAACCCGCGACAAUCAUUCAAACGACACUUGACACGGCAAAUAGCAAGACCAGCGGCAUUGGCGAGCAUGUAGAGCAACAAGUCGAAGCAACGGUAGGCGUAAUUGACAAUGGUGGUGAUCGAACCAAUGAAGAUAUUACAAACAAUUUUAUAGAAUACGACAUUGAGCAUGAAUUACGUGAGAAAUCGGAACAUCCUUCUGUUGUGGAACUACAUCGUAUGAACAGUUUGAAUUAUGCAGGCAACAAAAAUAUGGUGCAAGGUUUAAUGGACAUUGCGCUUUUGUCGGCAAACGCUAAUCAACUGCGGUUUUUACUUACUUAUAACAACAAAGCCCCCACUUAUUAUAUGAGUCUGGGUUUGGUGAGCAUGUCCUUGGUGCUACAGGUUGUCGUGGGUCUAGCCCUAAUAUACAAGCGUCAUUUGAAGAAGACUGAUCCACGUUAUGAGUACACCAAGGAGCUGCUAAUAUUUGGUGUAUUUAUUAUAACCGUUGUUAAUGUACUGCUCGCUGCAUUUACCACAACUGAUAAUGAUUAAAAAUCUUAGAAACCAUGGAAAAGCUUUGCAGAAAUGACUACGGACGUGAAAGUUGCCCUAAAGCAUUAAAAAAACAAUAAAAUCGGCAGGAAAAAUAAUAUUCAAUAAACGUAGAAUGUCUCUCUCUUAAUGCCAAUAUCGAUGCAUGUACGCAUUUAAGUAUGCAUGUACAUACACGUAGAUAUCCAAAUUGUAUAAUAUUUCGAUUUGAGGUUCCCUUGGGUACAGAUUUAGAUAUCAUCCAGGUGCUCUCGACUCGUUUAUUUUUUGCAACGCGUCUUAAAAUCCUUGGAGUUUCGAGUAUAGCAUUGUCCUUUGCAUAUUUUGCAUUUGUGG